UAAUCACAACAUGAUCUCGUGUGCUGAGCAGCGAAGCCGGCAGGGAGAGGCCGGCAGAGGCCCGGCUCCAGUGGCUCCGGCUUCCCUCCCACUCUGGCUCCCCGGGGGCUGCUCUGGAAUUCUCUCGGUACCCGCUGCUGCCAUGCACUCGGCUAGGCCUCACAGAGCCGAGUCCCCAGUGAGCAGGCAGGAGGAAAAGGAUGCUGAGCUGGAUCGGAGGAUCGUAGCCUUGCGCAAGAAGAACCAAGCCUUGCUACGCAGGUACCAGGAGAUCCAGGAAGACCGUCGGCAGGCGGAGCAGGGGGGCAUGGCUGUGACCACACCAGGGCUUUUCCGAUCCGAUGGCCUCACUGUCACCAUCAGCCAGGUUCCUGGUGAGAAGCGGGUGGUCAGCAGGAACUGGGCAAGGAAUGAGAUGCUUGAGGAUGAGGAUGCAGAGGACCACACAGGUACUUUCUGCUUGGGGGAGCGAGUGGAACUGGCUGUAACCAUGGAAAACAAAGCUGAGGCCAGACGGAUUGUGAGUGAAAAGCCCACCAGAGCGAGGAACCAGAGCACAGAUGGGCCACCUGGAGGGCGCGUGGGCCGGAGUCCCCCCGUGCAGAUGUCCAUCAGCUCAGAUUCUGCAUGGAAGGGUGCUCGGGAACCCCGGAGUCCAGGCGUGGCCCCAGGACCAGCUCCCCGACGGCCAGGGGGGGAGCCCCCGGAGGUGGGCUGGGACUAUGUCCAGUGGAAGCAGGAGCGGGAGCAGAUCGACCUGGCCCGCCUCGCCCGGCACAGAGAUGCACAGGGUGACUGGCGCCGCCCGUGGGACCUGGACAAGGCCAAGCCCACGCUACAGGAUUGCAGCAAGCCUAGGGAGGAGGGUCCAGGCAGGGCAGGGAGCCGAAGGGGCCCCAGGAGCCACCGCAAGCAACAGCCCCCACCACUGCCCCCUGAUGGAAAAAGUCGGGGUGGACAACUCGGCAGACCCUCCGUGGCGACCGCCACAGGCAGCAAAGCCCGGGGAAAGGAGAGGCUGACUGGCAGGGCCCGAAGGUGGGAUACGAAAGAAGACAAAGAUGAGCUGGAGAGCCAGGAGGGAAGCCAAAGCACAGAAACGGCCCCCAGUGAGGAAGAACAGGCGCAGAAGCAGAGCGGGACAGAGCUGGGCAGGCUGGGGAGCGCCCUGGCACCCAGCCCAGCCCUAGCAUCUCCGGAAGGGCCAAAGGGAGAGUCAGGGGCUUCCACAGCCAGCUCAGGCCCCAGCUCUCCACAAGAGACUGACUUGGUUCCCCUUGACCUCUCUCUGGGAGGGGGCCGUAGCCCUGGGCCUGGGGAGAGCACGUGUGUUCUUAGUCCGAGGCCUGGGACCCAGGAGAGCUCUGCAUCCUGGCCAAAUGGCUCUGAGCAACCUCUGGGGUGGAAUGACCACCAGGUUGAGCUGGAGGUCCAGACUUGCCCUGAGCCACAGAGAGAAGCAGGGCCCCCUGAGCCUAGAGAAGACAGGUCUGGCAAGGCUGGAGCCCAGCAGGGCCUGGCUCAGAGGAACAAGCUCCUCAGGGGAACCAGCCAAAGGGCAAGAGGCACAGCAGGUGUGAGGAGCAGGACAGGGCGUCCUGGCCCUGCAGGAAGAUGCUGA